AUGUCCCAUUUUCAAAUUUUACUUCGUAUAAGAGAAGAUCACGAUUAUAAUCACCAAAGAUAUCCCAAUACUUUAGGACUUAGACAGUAUCUUUCUAUACAUUCUCCUGAUCCAUCCUGUACUAUUUGUCACCCACCUACUCCUAUUAGCACUGUACAAUUUUUAAAUUUUUGGAAUUGGUAUUCUGCUGAAUUUCCAUCCUUUUCCUAUACUCUUCGCACUCAAACUAACUUUUCAUUGUUAGAAAAUCACACCUUUAAUGAUAUUCCAGAAUUAGUACUUACAAACCUUUUUUCUAGUAUAAGACAUACACAAUUUCCUGGAAAUUAUCCUAUUCUUAUAAAUACAUUUUUUGAAGCUUAUUCAAGAACAAAUAGAUUUACUGAAGACGCAUUUGAAGUAUUAUAUACUGAUAGUGAAACUCGCAGUAUCUCAUCUGUCAAUUCUUCUGAAAAAAGUUUUUCUGAAAAUUCUGAACAUUCUUCUGUUGAAGAAAUAAAUCCCGUAUUAAAUAGACAAUUACAUCAAUUACCAAUAAUGGCACAACAACAACCACAAGCAUCUGCUGCUACAUGGUGGACAAUUAGAAGAGGUCAACAACCUCUAAUUGAUAGAUGGAAUGAUCCCAAUAAUAUUCCUCAAAGUUUCCGCCCUACAUUUAUUGCACAUUUUAGAACAGCCACUCUUGAAGCAAAAUGGUUUGCUCAACUUACUCAAAGAAAACAAUUACCUACAGAAAGUGUUGACACAUAUCAUGCAGAGAUGGAAGAAUUAAUCAGACGUGUAGAAGCAGGUGGACAUCAAUAUCCUGACACAUCUAAAGCACAAAUGUUUAUUAAUGGUUUGCGCACUGAACUUUCAGCUGGUGUUGCUGCUUUUACUCCAAAUACUUUACAGGCUGCUUAUGAAAAAGCAAAAGCUUUAGAAACUAUUCAUAAACAAAAUCCCGUAUAUGCUGCUUUUCUUGGAUAUCCUUCUGUUGGUCCAUUCUCUACAAUGAAUGCCAACUUUUCAUCUGAUAGACAUAUCAGUCGCGAAUGUACAAGACCGCGAAACUACCAACGGAAUAAUAAUUCUGAAAACUUUGGAAAUAAUACUUCUAGAAGUAAUUAUCAAAGAAACAAUAAUCCCUCAGCACCCCCAUUGUCCUCUAAUAAUGUUCCGGGGGAUAAUUCUAAUAAUCAACAAGCAGAAGCCAUGCAAACUUUAUUGAAUAUGCUUGGUUCCGCGAAUAUUAAUAACAAUGGAAAUAAUGAAUCUCCGCGAAAUAAUAAUAAUGACGAAGGAAGACAAUCUUAUUUUAAUGUUUAUGAUGACCAACCUUUUUAUCCAGCAGAAAGAACAAAUCGUCCUAACAGAACUGAUCCUAUAAUAACAAGACAAAAGAAAAAGACAACAGAAAAUAAAGAAAAUGAGAUUAAAGAAGUGGAACCUGCAACAAUUGUUGACUUUGAAGAAAAUCCCUAUCAACCUGAAACUGUAGAUGUAGAAAUGCCUAAUGAAACAAAUGAACCAAAAGAAGUCUUAGAAAAGAAACCAAAUUCUACAAAGAAAAGACAAAAAGGAAAUCUUCCAAGAAGAAAACAAUUUGAAGAACAACUUCCCCAAAUAUCUUCGCUAGUAACACCUUACUCCAUAGUAGCAGAUUUACAAAAUAAACAAGCAAAUAUUACUUAUGGUCAACUUCUUUUAGCUGCACCUAAUAUGAGACAAGAUCUCGCAAAAGGUUUACAGAAAAAGAAAAUGCCUGUUAAAAGAAAAUUUAAAUCUAAUCUUGGCGUACAACCUUCUCAUCGCACAACAGCAUUGUAUUGCAAUGCCAAUAUCAUGGGAAAUAAUAUUCCACUUAUAGUUGAUAGUGAAUCCUCUGGUAGUGUAGUGUCAUCUCAUCUUCUUAAAAAAUUAGGUAUUCAAAUUGACUGCCCUUCCUUUAUCAACAUGAUAAAUAUUCAUGGCGAAAGUAAAAGAGCUUUAGGAGAAAUUUCUGAUUUCCCUUUUGUUGUAGGAGGAGUAAAGAUCCCUAUAGAUGUUGUAGUUACUGAUGCCUAUUCUUACCAAGCUAUU